UUCAUUUCAGGAUAAUUUGGAAGUUUAUUGAAGAAAAUACUUUCUAAAAGCAAUUGAAAAGAACUCCCACACACUCAGUUAGUGCUGAAUUCUUUUUUUUUUUUUUCUUUUUUUUUCAGUUUUUUGGUUAUACCCAAUGAAGGUUGGAUAGAACCCAGUUUGCAGGAUAAUUUGAAAGAUAUUCAGAGAACUGCCUGAGCUCAAGUGGGCCCUUGGGAAAAAAAUUCGAACUAAGCACAGUGUAUCUUGGGUAUGCAACAAAUUAUUAAUUUCAUCAUUUGUUGAGGAAAUGAAAACUCACUGACUCAAACCCCGUGGUUGCAUCCUUGGAGUCCUGUGCAUGGUGCAGUGUGUUGAGCUCUCCAGUACUCUGUCAUUUUUGGCUUUUUAAAUGCUUUUUAAAUCUGUAAUGCUUUAUAUUUUCUUUCACAUAUAUGUACCUUUGCAGCCCAGAUACUGAUAUAAACAUGGCCAAAGUUUUGAAUGAUAAGGUCAGGUUAUAUGAAAGUAAUCCUCUAAAUGCUAAGUUUAUCUAUGGUUUGUUCUACAGAAUGUUUAGAGAGGAGUAUCCUUUUUUAAGGUAGAUUCUUGGCCUUUAUUGCAAUAACAUAGAAAAUCUGGGUGAAGGAUCGAUCAGGGUAAAUUCAAACCAGGUGUCUGUAUUAGCCUUUGCUAUAUGGGUCACCUGCUCUACCAAAUGAGCUAAACCGGCAUCCAAGUGGGGGAUAUAUUUAAUGUGGCCCUCUCAGGCACACAGCAAACUCCAACUACAGAAGCCCCGCCCACCUGCUGUUCAAAUCUUCUGUUUGACAGGGCCAGCCAAUCAGAGAAAAGUUGGUUUAACGAGCGACUACAGAUUAUUUCGAACUGUUGAUCAUGCAAAGCUAAUCUGUUGGCUUCCAAGAAUAAAAUAUAAGGCUGGAAAUGAGCAUAGUAGUUCGCCAUUAAUGUUAGAAGUGCUCAUCGCCUUCUGUACUUAUGGACCUCUACAACAGAAAUGUUCAUGCUCAUUGUUUGCAGAUAUUUUGUGGAUGACAUAACAACCCAGAACAGGGUUAGAAGGACAAAACCGAAACUCAGAAUUUUGUUUCACAUCUUCCAGGCUUGACUGAAGUUUUGGGUUUGCUGUAAAAUGAUGAAGAGUUGCGGAGCUGUGCGCGCGCUCUCUCAACCUUGAGCUAAAUGACUUCCUGAGCUCUUUUUGGACGGCUCCCAUUCAGCUCCCACCCCAGCUCCAACAACGCAAGUUUUCUAUUACAGUUUCAUUUUAUUCGCAGCUUAUAAUCUUUGCUGCGAUAGUUAAACCGGGCGCAUGGAAGCCUCCCCGUGUGUGCCGUGUCGCUGAUGUGAACGAGCGGAGCCACCUUAAAGCAGCCCUCUGAUGUCAGCGUCAGAGGCACAGACUCCGCCGCCGGUACAGCGCUGCGCUGCUCCGCCGUUUCAAAUCUUCUGCGCUGCUGCUCUCCUCACUUUCUUCAGCUCAUGUCGUGGCUGCAUCCACCGGAGUAGCUCAUUUAUUUCAGCGGCUUCUUCGCCAGCAGCUGAGCCGUGUCAGUCUAAGCUGAGCCAAAUCCUCGCUCCAGGGAGAGAAAGGUUUCCCCCGUGUGAGGAGAUUGCUGCUGCUGCUGCUGCUGCUGCUGCUUCUGUCCUUCCUCCACAGCCAGGCCUUCCCCCCUCCUCCCCCUUCACCAGAGCAGGGCAGCCACGGAAGGCUUGGCUCGAUUUCAGGGAGGCUCAGAUCCUGCAGCCACGUCAAUCACGUCUUCACCGCUGGGGUACCCUGGCUUCUUCCUACAGUACAGAGGUGCAUAGUAGCUGCGGGGCGGCCUUCGUGGCCGGGAUGCCACUGUGUGCCAUGCCAGUCCACAGUGGACGGUGAGGGGCAGGAGGAGGGCACUGAGUGUAGGAGACUGAGAGGGGGUGGCCCGAAUCAAACAGGAGAAAUGAACCUCUGCUGGAAUGAGAUCAAACGCAAAUCGCACAAUAUCCGGGUGCGGCUAGAGGCUUUCUCCGACAACAGCGGGAAGCUGCAGCUCUCCCUGCAGGAGAUCAUAGAAUGGCUGACGGCCAAGGACGAGGAGCUGUCGGAGCAGCUGCCCAUAGGAGGUGAUGUGGGAGCUGUCCAGCACCAGAGGGAGUUCCACCAGGCAUUCAUGGAGGAUGUCAAGUCCCGUGGGCCAUUUAUCUACUCUGUCUUGGAGUCUGCCCAGGCAUUUCUGGCUCAGCACCCCUUCCAGGAGCCCGAGGAGACCCUGACCGAUGGAAAAGAGGUGUCUCCACGCCGGCGGAUCUUGAAUGUGAGCCGCUCUGUAUGGAAGCAGGCGAACGUAGCCAGUGACCUGUGGGAAAAACUGACAGCACGUUGUGUGGACCGCCACAGACAUAUGGAAAGGACUUUGGAGCGUCUUCUUCAGAUCCAGGCUGCAAUGGAAGAGCUGGCAGGGGCCUUAGAGCAGGCAGAGGGGGUGAGGGAUGCCUGGGAGCCUGUUGGAGACCUCUUCAUUGACUCUCUGCAGGACCACAUAGAUGCUACCAAGUUAUUUAAGGAGGAACUGACCCAGGUGAAAGAGGGCAUGAAGCACAUCAAUGAUCUAGCCCACCAGCUGGCAAUCUCUGACGUCCAUUUAUCGAUGGAGAAUGCCCGUGCCCUGGAGCAUCUCAACAGCAGAUGGAAAGUGCUUCAGGGUUCCAUAGAGGAGCGGCUGAAGCAGCUCCAGGAUGCACAUAGAGACUUUGGCCCCGGAUCGCAGCACUUCCUUUCCAGUUCAGUGCAGAUACCAUGGGAGCGUGCUAUCUCCCCAAACAAAGUGCCCUACUACAUCAACCAUCAGGCCCAGACAACAUGCUGGGACCAUCCAAAGAUGACAGAACUGUAUCAAGCGUUGGCGGAUCUGAACAACAUCAAAUUCUCAGCAUACAGAACAGCAAUGAAGCUGCGACGGGUUCAGAAGACUCUGAGACUGGAUUUAGUGGCACUGAGUAGCCUUGUGGAGAUGUUCCGGGAGCAGGAGCUGCAGCAGGCAGAUCAUGUGAUGGAUGUGGUUGAGGUGAUUCAUGGCCUGACAGCUCUGUAUGAGAAGCUGGAGGAAGAGAGGUCCGUCCUGGUUAACAUUCCACUUUGUGUUGAUAUGUGUCUCAACUGGCUGCUCAACGUCUAUGACAGUGCUCGAAAUGGCAAAAUGCGAGUUCUCAGCUUCAAGAUGGGAUUGGUGACCUUGUGCAAUGCAGACGUCCAAGAGAAGUACAAAUACUUAUUCCGUCAGGUGUCUGGUCCAGGAGGUUUAACGGACCAGCGUCACCUCAGCCUGCUGCUCCACGAAGCCAUUCAGAUCCCCCGCCAGUUGGGUGAAGUUGCUGCUUUUGGGGGCAGCAAUGUGGAGCCAAGUGUCCGUAGCUGCUUCCGCAUGGCCCCAGGGAAACCUGCUAUUGAGGUGUCUCACUUCCUGGAGUGGAUGAGCCUUGAGCCGCAGUCCAUGGUUUGGCUGCCUGUGCUCCAGCGAGUGGCUGCUGCAGAGUCAACAAAGCACCAGGCCAAAUGCUACGUCUGCAAACAAUGUCCCAUAAAGGGCUUCAGGUAUCGCAGUCUGAAGCAGUUCAAUGUGGACAUCUGCCAGACAUGUUUUCUAACCGGGCGCACAACCAAGGGAAAGAAGCUGCACUACCCUAUCAUGGAGUACUAUACACCAACAACCUCAGGAGAAAAGAUGAGGGACUUUGCCAAGACUCUGAAGAACAAGUUCAGAUCAAAGCAGUACUUCACGAAGCACCCACAGAGAGGUUACCUGCCAGUGCAGUCAGUGCUGGAAGCUGAUACCUCAGAGACACCGUGCUCCUCGCCCAAGCUGCCCCAUGCAGACACACACAGCAGGAUUGAACAUUAUGCCAGCAGAUUGGCAGAAAUGGAGAGCCAGAAUUGUUCAUUCUUCACGGAUAGUCUGUCUCCUGAUGAAAGCCUUGUGUUGCUUGGAUGGAGCUGUGUCACACAAAUGGAUGAAGAUCAGUACCUCCUGCGUCACUCCAGCCCAGCCCUGGACCAUGACUCACCCUGUGGACAGCACAUGCUGCUGGCACAUUUGGAGCACCAGGAUAAGGAGCAGCUCCAAUGCACCCUGGCCCGCCUGGAGAACGAGAACAGGGUGCUGCAGAGCGAGUACAGGCGGCUUAAGUGGAAACACGAAGAGGCGGCAUCAGUUCCCAUGCUGACUGAGGCUGGAGAAGGAGGUCUCGGUUCACCUACAGCGGGAGGGCAGCAGGACGAGGAGCUCUUGGCUGAAGCACGGGUCCUCCGGCAACACAAGACUCGCCUGGAGACCCGCAUGCAGAUCCUGGAGGACCACAACAAACAGCUCGAGUCCCAGCUGCGCCGGCUCAGGGAGCUACUGCUACAGCAGCCCAAAGAUGAUUCAGAGGCCAAUGGAUCAGAACCAUCAACCCUGUCUUCUCCUGUGUCUGGAGGAGGACACCAUGGGGAGCCAGCUAGCAGAGAGACUACAGACACUGAAGCAGCAGGAGAUGAUUUGGAGCAUGAGCAGGACACGGUGCUGCAGCUCCAGGAGGUCAUUGAGCAGCUGAGAAACGUCUUCCCUUCAGAACCUGGCACCACAUCACACAUCUAACCCUGAGUGUGCCUGGAGGAGCAGAGAGAAAGCCUGAAAGAACGCCUGAUGGCAGAGGGAGGAGCUCUGUACAGCUGAGGUCAGACCACAGUACACCAGGCCAUGUGACCACUGCAGCGGCAAUGAUACUCAGAGCUAACCCUCUACUGGAAUUUUGUGCACUAAAAGCCUUUUUCAUGCAAACUGCUAAAGGCUCACGCUGAUGUCCUUUUGGCCAGGCUGUGCUUCAUAGCUUCAGUGGCGCAGCCUGACACCAUGUUAACGAGCCAAAGGAAACUAAUGUUAGCAGCAGGUCAGGGAGAGACUAAAGUGAUGGAAAAUGCCCAGCCAAGACACUGUGUUUACCAGUAUUUGUGUAGUCAUUCAGAGGUGGGAAGCUUUAUAUCAGUCUGCAGCACAAAUUGGACCUUCCAUGAAAAGAACCUCAUAAAAAUGCGAAAAGGGAAUAGGAAGGACAUCCAUUGUUUCUGUCAAAAUGCCUGUAUCUUCAGUGUGUGUUUUUUUUCCCCCUCCUGAAUGUGUUGUCAUGGUUGUUAUUUUUGUAUUUUGAAACGAGGAGGUGAGCUAAAGCUUAACCGUGUAAGCUAGAUCAGGGCUGGGCUGACUACAUUUUAUGUGGCUGCGUGGUGCAGACUGUCAAGGAGUUGACAGCACCCACAACGGGCUUAUUUACUUUUUCAGAAUGACACAUUAUCAGUUAAAUCCCUGAUUUAUUUGAGACAGCCAAAGUGCCCGCUAGCACAGCGCCUCUGUAUGCACACACUGUGUUCCUCUAAUCCUGUCUCACUGCUUGUCGCACUCAUUGCUUGCCUCUCCUAAGUGAGCCCUUUACACCCAUACAGCACUAACUGCACUCACUGUAUGUGCACACACGUAUGCUGCUACACACACACACACCCUAUUUGCAAUACCCCCCACGCAUCCACCCACAUUAUGCACAAAUAACCAAAUGGCUCCCUGCAUGAUCGAUAACAUGUGCUGUGAUGUAUCGCCAGAAAUACACCAUAGGCCAAUUUCAUAAAAAUGGAGAUCUAUUUCAUUCGUAGGAUAUAAACAAGUUCUCAGUGGUAAGCCAAUUUGUUUUGUGAAUGGAACUGUGUUUUGUUUAGGAAAUGUCUGCUGAUAAAUAUCAGCAUGCAUGAAACUGCUCUGAGAUCUUAGGGUUCUCCUGCUAUGUGCAGACAGAAGGAAGGGGCUCCUAAAAGUUAAAGCUCUCCCACCCCUCGAUAUGCUAAUUCCAAACACUACAGGGGGGGUAUAAGGCACACCAUGAUAACCCAGUCCCACACCAGCUCCAUUCUUAAUAAUCCCUUCAUUCCAUGUAGAUUUGAAAAGAACAGUAGCUACUGACUCUGCAUGUGUCAUUUCCCCUCAUGUUAAUGCAUACUUAAUUGCUUUUAGAUUUACAAAAGGAUGUGCCGUUGAUAUGGUUUCACCCUCAUCGUAUCAAGCUCAUAGGGUGCAUUUUGUUCUAAACAUAGCACACUCAAUUAAUGCCUUAAAACCAAGCUGAAUCCAUAAAAGACAAGAGUUAGUCUUUCUCCACUUUUUCUUUCUUUUUUCAUUAUGCUUUAAAUUCAGGGAAGGAGGUUGCGUCAGUGCGUUUGUGCACUAGUGUCUGUCAGUCCGCAGACAGACCUGUGGUUGAUUGGAAGUGACAGCUGGAAUGGAAAAGUGUGGAUCACAGCAUGUGAGCAUCCAUAGGGUGAAACCGGUUAAAUAAGGCUUUUAUGAGUGAACCCAUGGUGCCGGGUAUGCUUGGAGGGAGUAAAGAUCUAAGAGACAAGAGAGGAAAGGCAGAAAAAAAACAAUCCAUUUAUUGCUUGAGGGCUGGUGGGAGAGAUCCACUUUGAUGUGCCUGCCACAGCAAAAUCUCCAGAAGCAGGACUAAAGUUUGCCUGAAACAAUGAAGCUGUGGCUCUGCUUGUUUCUCCGUACUAAAACCACACAAUUCUCAUAGAAAAGACAGUCACAUAUACAUUGAGGAAUCCAUGCUAAACUUUAAAAAUAUCAUUCUGACCCCACAUACAUGAGUUUAAAAGCCAUGUGCUGCAUUCAUUAUGGGAUCUUCCUCCAGGCACAUAGCACUCACAUUUGACACCAUCCUCCUCAGCACUCGUUGCCUGUUAGUUUUGAUACCGUUGCUAGGGAACUGCCCCCAAGGACGAAGCUCCACAGGUUUGCAAGUUGGAAAGGUGAUGUGCCAUUCAUAAUACAAAUGCUAAUAGCCUUAAGGGAAGCAAGAGAGGCCCUUGGUUCCCAAACACAGCUCUCCUUUUCUUCACUUCCACCUCCACUGAAGCCUGCCACUGUUAAGCUGCUGAAGAUAGUCAUUACUAUUUGUUGAAUCCAUCUCCGCAUCAGCACUGCUUAAGAAUUUGUUUUGUUAAAGCUCUCACAACUGAGAACAACGAGCAGCUGCACAGCUCGUGGGAGAAAAAAAAAAGCCAUGACAAGCAAUGUUUAUUCAUAGACAUUUAUCUAUUGGUAUUUACACAUCUCAUUACACAGUGAUGAUUACCCAUUGCUCUCAGUAGCUCCAUACUUUUCUAUGUGGGUACACAAGAUGAUGGCGCAGUGACAGCUUGUGAAAAAGAAGCGGAGACAUCCCCCCCAGUAGGACUGCGCAUCAACAGUUGUCAUGUUUAUAGUGGCGAAAGAAUGACACAAACAUAUAGACUAGGUAGUUAUACUACAGGGUUACAUUGCAAUUCACAGUUUGUCCCAACAUUUCACUCUGCUGCUGCUCGACACCGCCAUCCAAAUAAAUGAUGAUGCGUGACUGUGUGAUCAUCUGAGGUCUCAUCCGUGUGCACAUUUCUUUACUCCUAGGGGCUUCCUGUUUUGCCCCACACACACUAACACACACUGCUCCCUGUGGCAUGACUGAAGCCGUGUGAAAAAAGGUUCUCUACAUAAGCCGGAGUCACCCCCAGAGGACACCGCUAUCACUGUUCAGACUUCUGUUACUGCAUGUAGCUUGCCAACAUGCUCCACGGGCCCUGUCAUUAAUCUGCCGCCUCAGUGUCAGACCCUCCCUCCUGUGUUUACCAACACGCAUCUAAAUAUGUAACAAGGACACAUGCGCUUUAAUGUCACGCAACAUAUAAUAAUUUGUUACUCUAACACACUCAUUUUUUUUUCUGAUGAAAUGAGGUUUCUUUUCUUCUUUGUGUGUUCUUUUAAAUCACCAUUAAUAUACCUCAUUAAUCAUAAUGUUUGACUUCUUUAACACUUUUGAUUUCCUGUUUUAUUGUCCAGAACUCAAAACACUUCUUUUUGUCUUUUCUCUGGAGUUUUUAAUCUGUAUAAAAAAGUUUUCUGAAGAAAGGCUUUUUACUGUAAUAACAAGUGGGUUACUGGCUGCUUUCUACUCUUUGUGUACAGAAAUAAAAGUUUGUAUUUGGCAAA